GGUCGCUCGCUCGCUUCACCCGUUUGCGUGAGUUUAUUCCGCUUUGUUUUGCGGAGGUGAGAGGACAUGGUGAUACUGCGCCCGCGAUAACGCGUUGUGUUCAAUGUUUUUCUUGUGAAAAAGUAUUUAUUGAGUGAAUAAACGUUUUAUUUUAUGAGAAAAGUGUAUUAUCGUCUAAGAGGACUUUGUAUGUGUUUGUUUCUUUGAAAGACUCGCAUUUGCGCAAUCGUUCGUGAGAUUCGAUGUCAAUAAACUUGUCGGUGGUAUUUUAUGGGAAAGGUGUGCCGCGUCGGUACCUGUUCGCGGCGGGUGGGUGCUCGGUUCACCAUGCCGGUGGUGUCGGUUGGUGAUCAUGACGGUGGUGGAAGGAUGGUGUUGUAGAGAUUGACCAAGAUGCUGAAGAUAACUUCGGGUAAUCCAGAAAAUUGGGCUCCACAACGAAUGCCUUGGACUUUCCAACAAGAAUCGAGAUUCGAAAGAACAUGUGAUUGCAACACACAGUUUCAUGAAGGCUUUACAAGACUGAACUCGAUGGCCUUAAAAAUGAGCAACGAUGCAAGAUGAUCAACGGAACUAAGAUAAAUUAGUUAUUUUUCUAGAAAAAAAAAAGAAUGCGGAAAAAGUAGAUUUUUUGAAGAAUUUUGGAACAGUAUUUUUUGGAUGAUUUUUGUCUAAAGACUGUCUGGUGCUUUAGUGUAGUGUAGUGGUCGAUUGGGAUAUCGAUAGUUUGUGAUGGUGUGUUGAGUACCAUGUCGAAUGAAGGGGAAGCUGUCAAAGUGGAGGGGGGACACGUGUCUGUCACCACCAUCAGCAUGUCCGGUCCGGAGACCAGCAAUGGCCAGUUCUCAUACAGUUCGAGUGGGGUACGCAUCAGCGUGUCUUCGGAACCUCAGGAUGAGGACUCCACCGACGCUGAGAUCUCCAAGAUCGACUUCUCACAGCAUCAGUACGAGGUAAAUAUGCGUAAUAAGAAGAAGCGCUCGUCGAGCGGCGCGGCGUGCGAGCCUGCGCACGAGCGCGAGCGGCCCAUGUCCUGGGAGGGGGAGCUGUCAGACUCCGAGAUGGUCAUCGACACCAGUGUCAAUAAUGAUGAGAACAGCAAUUCGCUGGACCUGCAGUCGUCUCGCGACUCCAUCGACACUCUCAGGAAUGUGACCAUCAAGACGGAGCCGCUGAAGACCGAGCCAUUCCAAAGCGUAGACGACCAGCGAGUGCUGGACUUGAAGUAUACAGCACCACUCCAGCCGCAUCAGAGGAGCCUCAGUAUGAACAGGAUAUCAGUGCUAACAGACAACGCGUCACUCUCGCUGAGGCGGCCGUCGUCACCCACUAGCAGCGCCAAGUCCCUGGUGCUGGAUCCAGCGAUGAUGCCCGGCAUCGGGGAGGUGCAGAACUUGACCAUCAAGAAGGAGACGCAGCUCUCAGAGCUGAAGUGCGAGCCGUCAGUCGGCAUGGACAAGCUGCUAGGCGCGCUACACAGCUCCCCACUGCUGGGCAGGAUCCCACGAGUACAGUCCAGUGCUAGCACCGACUCGGCCGUACAUUCCAUGUAUACACACAGUGUCUACAGCAGUCCAUCAGCGUCUCCUCGCGCCUCGCGACACUAUACGCCGUCUCUCUCUCGCAACAACAGUGACGCAUCUCACUCCUCCUGUUACUCUUACAGCUCCGAGUUCUCUCCUACUCACUCUCCAGUACAGAGUCGACACCCGCACGUGGUAUACCGCGAGGCGACAGCGGGCGCUGUGUUCCCCGCGUCACCAGCGCAUGACGACGACGCGGACACCGAGGACCGGCUGCACCAUCACCAGGGGAUCAGUCGGCAGCAGCUCAUCAACAGUCCAUGUCCGAUUUGCGGCGACAAAAUCAGCGGCUUCCACUACGGGAUCUUCUCGUGCGAGUCGUGCAAGGGUUUCUUCAAACGCACCGUUCAGAAUCGCAAGAACUACAUGUGCCUGAGGGGUGGCAACUGUCCCGUCACUGUCGCCACCAGGAAGAAAUGCCCUGCGUGCCGGUUCGACAAGUGUCUAGGAUGCGGGAUGAAGCUUGAAGCGAUAAGAGAAGACAGGACGCGCGGCGGUCGCUCCACGUACCAAUGUUCGUACCCGCUGUCGAGCGCCGCGUCCACCGGCUCGUUGCUGUCUGCGCAUGCGCCCACCACGCUGCGGCACGCCUCCAGUCUCACCUGUGUAAAUGGCCCAGCGUCGUACAACAUCAGAGGAGAGUCUAGCAACAGCCGACUAACGCCUGAUAUACCGCCAUUAUUGCAGGAAAUAAUGGACGUGGAACACCUAUGGCAAUACAACGAGUCGGAGCUGAACAGGCUGGGCAAAUCCCCUGGCAGUCCGUCUGCCAACCCCCUGUUGGCUGCGAGCGGCAUCACGGCACACAACUCCAGCCCUGACUUCCUCGCCGACCUGUGCAACAUCGCCGACCACAGACUCUAUAAGAUCGUCAAGUGGUGCAAGAGUUUGCCGCUCUUCAAGAACAUCUCUAUCGACGACCAGAUCUGCCUGCUGAUCAACAGCUGGUGCGAGCUUCUGGUGCUCUCGUGCUGCUACCGCGGCGUGUCCACGCCGGGGGAGGUGCGCGUCGGAGGGGGGCGCGGCAUCACGCUGCAUCAGAGUGCCAAGCUGGGUUUGACGCCGUGCAUUGAGCGGAUGCUGAGCUUCACGGACCACCUGCGGCGGCUGCGAGUCGACAGGUACGAGUACGUCGCGCUCAAGGUCAUCGUACUACUUACCUCGGACGCGCCAGAGCUUCGUGAAUCGGAGAAAGUCCGAGCAUCGCAGGAAAAAGCACUGGCCGCCCUGCAAGCGUACACGGCCGCGCACUCGCCCGACACGCCCGCCAAGUUCGGCGAGCUGCUCCUGCGCAUACCGGAGCUGCAGCGGACUUGUCAGUUCUUCAUGCAAGUCGGCAAAGAGAUGCUGAAUCCUGCCAACAAGACCAAGGAUGGCGACGGCCCGAGCUUCAACCUCCUCAUGGAGCUGCUCAGAGGAGACCACUGACGACCCUCGUCUUCCGAACACAUUGCUCAAUCAAGUAUGGAAGUCAUCAUGGGAGUUAAAAAUGACACAUGGAAACAAUUCAUCUAAAAGCAAUAUUGCAUUUUGACAUUUGCGCAUAUAAAUGCGCAACGUCAACAAAUGUCAAAUAGCAAUAUCUUUGGCAUGUUUUGGCGCCAACUGUAUAUUGUCUGUUAUAAAAAAAACCGAAUUAGAAUCGUAGUUUUUAAAAAUAGAAACAAUUUAAAUUGCGUUCCAUUAUAUCAUCGUUGGCGUUAAAAUUACGCUUUUGAAAAAUAAAAAUCGCUAUAAAAAUAGAAUCACAAAAGUUCGUUCCAGCAAUUGGCAAUGUCUUUGAAAGUUUUUAUACUCUUUGAAAGUAUGUAUACAUAAGAUUGUUUGUAUUGGCCUUGAAUGAAGACUGCAUCAUAAAAAAUCAUCAAAAAAAACUUCGUUUAUUAAUAAAUAUUUGAACACCUCGACAAUUGUGCCAACAAUUUCAACUUCAACAAAACACAAAUGCAUUUAUUUUCACAAGUAAUAUACAGGUCAGAAUAAAAUAGUACAUAUUUUUAUCAUCAUUAUUAAACAGUAUCUAUAACUAGCUAAUAAAAAGUAUAUUCAAUUAUGUAAGAAACUUCACUGCCACAAUAUUAUGCUUUUAUAUUUACGUACUAUAUUUGUAUUUAUAAUAUUAAAUAUAAGGCCAAGGGAACAAUUAUCUACUUUAAUGUCUUGUGAAUAAACGUAUAUUUUGGAUAUCGUCUUACAGACUAUAGCAAAAUUAUCUUCAAUUUUACUGUAAUAUUUUUUAGAAAAUACUCCGUUUUAAAAGGAGUGAUACUAAACUAAAAUGUUUCAGUCUUAGCUUUUGCAAACAUUUUUAUGAUAUUAGUAUAUUAAAAAAAAAACGAUAAAGACAACUUAAGAAAAAAAUAUUCUUUAGGUAUAUGUAGAAAUACCUAAAAGCUAGACAUAUUAUGACUACGUCUUGAAAGCGGUUAAGGUAUAAGUUUAAAGUUUACGCUACCGGUAUGAAAUUAUGGUACUGAUCAUAACCAAAUCGGUACCGUAAUUUCAUACCGUUAGCCUAAACUUGAACCUUAGCCGAUUUCAAGCCCUGUUUUUGACAUAAAUUGUUGUCGCCUUAAAUUUGAUAUAUGGCGGUAAAUAUAUCAUAAUUUGCAAAAUAUAAUGUAGAUUUCCUUACGCAAUAAGUUCCGCUAUAAAAUGGCAACACAUAAAAAAUCUUGCCUUUGCAUUUUUAUGACAAAUAAAUACUUUAGCUUACGACUUAAAUUAGCACUUUUUGUGCUUAGGACAUAUUUAUGAUUAUGAUAAACAAAGUAGAUCGUGCGGCUUGCACUUGGAAAAAAAGUUAUAAACCUCACAAGAUGCAAUGUUAUAAUUUUAUAAUAUUCUGUAGAAUUUCGAUUUAUUUAUUAAAUUCCCUGUUAUUAUGGGAAGACUUUUAUUAUCAUUGCCAUUUCGCUAAUAAGUUUUGUAACUAUGCAGUGUAUUGUAGAAUAAUCUGAGGGUAAAACCUUCAGACUAAUGGUUUUUAUAAAAAACUACUAACACAUUUCAAUACUUAGGUUUUCUUUUUUAUAAUUAUUGAUUGUAUAAUUAUUAUAUUACUCAUUUACGUCACUAAUAUAGCAUGGUUUUAUUUAGUUGAGAUAUAAUUUGGAAUUUAAAAACCACAUUCAUAUUUGAUAUUUUUAUGCUGAUUUUGAUUUUAUUUAAUAUUUUCGUUUAUUGACAUUCUCAGUGCAAUACUUAGCAUAAAGCGCAAGUUUUAAAACCAUAAAUGUAGUUCAAUCUUGUUAUUUUUUUUUUACAAACUUUAUGCUAUGUUCUCGCACUUUUUUUUUGUUUUUUUUUUUUUUAAUUUGCUGUUUCUACAGCUUGAACCAGUCACUCACUGCCGAUGUGUAAAAUGAGAUAUUGCUAUGAGCAAUUUAAUUUUACGUUGCAAUACUUGUAUGUUAAAUAAUAUUCUCAUUUGAAUAUAUUUUUGGUAUUUAGUGUAAGUUAGUGUUUAGCUAAUGUUAUAUUAGAAUGAAGACAGCUAAGUAUCGAACAUUAAUUAAUAAAAUGGAAUAAAAUAUGUUUCGCUGCGAACAUGUUAAUAUAUUAGUUCAGUGCAAUGUGUCGUGGCUCCAUUUGAAAAUAGAACUGAAGAUAAUUCAAAUAACAAAAUACAAGUACUUACAAUGUGUCUAAUAUAAGUUGGAUUUUAGUAACUAAAAAAUAUACCUUUUGAAAAUAGGUACAUGCAAAAUAUUUUUAAUACUUUUAAAUUUGGAAAACUUUACCGAAUAUUCUAGUAACGUAUCCCAUCAUAUUUUGCCAGCAUUUUAAUAGACUCAUUGUGAGAACCUAUUUUAUUUAUUUUUUGACCUUAACAUUAUUAUAAAAUAUGAAAAUAAUACGUAAUUGUUCGAUAAUAAAUACUUGUAUGUAAAAAGGGCACAAGUACUUCAAAAUAUUGUAUUUUUAGUUUGUAAUGUAUGAGCUCAUUUAAGAUAGGAUUUAAAAUAUUUUCCAAAAUACGUGCCACACAUAAUUUGUAUGUAAUAUAAAUUGACAUUGAGAUUUUUAUGUGAUUCUAUUAAUUUCGCGUUCGCAAAAUUUUGCCAAUAGCUAGUUUGUAAAGGAGACGAUUCAGAUUUUACAAAUUGUUAAGAUACUUGAAACACAGGGUUAAUCGACAGAGAUUGUAUCCAGGGCUUGAAAGCGGUUAAGGCAUAAUGUUACGCUACCGGUAUGAAAUUACGGUACCGAUUCUCUAUUGAAUAGUGGAAUUGGUACUAUAAUGUUAUACCGACAACAGAAUGAGUUACAAUUUAGUUUAGUGUCGAAAACUAGCACUAUCUUUUACUUGCACUUGGAGUAAGUGAAGGAUAGCACUAUGAUUAGAGCUAUCAAGUAAUAUUAUGAUUAAUCGAUACAAUCUGCGUCUGUAGCCGUAGCAUGUUGCCGUAUCGCGCGCGACUUGAUAAAUAAGCCAAUACAUUUGGUUAGGCGAUAAAUAUAUCAAUUCUAUUGUCUCAUUUAUCCUGUCGCGGAUAGCAUGUUACAGGGCAUAUCACUAUCAUAACAAUUUGUAGAGUUUGUAACGGCUGUUAGUGGCAUCUAUUGAAUAAGGCUCUUUACUGAACUGAUAGUGUAAGCUAAUAGUUGUAAGAUUAUAUUUUUGUAUUCAGUAAAGUAGUAUGCCUGUCGCAAAGUAAAAGGUAUGCCUGCAAGUCCGAAUAAUUUUUAUAUUAAAAAUUACAAGGAGAUGAAAGAAUGGUAUGACGUCCAAUAUUUUGUAUUUUUACGUUUGUUAUAUUGUAUACAUAAGUAUUAUUAUAAUGAUAUUCUAUUCUUUAUUUUCUAGAAUUAAAACAACAGAUUUUUUUUAUAUAUAGAGCAAAAA